UUAUCCUAAUGUCUGAUGUUACAGAGAUGCAGCUUCUCAAAUGGCACGGGCAGUUGAUUCUGCUGAACUUUUUAAUGUUUAUGUCGUGGCGACCAUGUCGGGGACUAAACGUGCCCAACUAUGGUUCUCCUUAUCGUGUCAAUCCUACCAGACGUUUGGGGGCCUAUUCUAGCGUAAGAGAACCGGCUUACUACGACGAAUACGAGCCGUCCGGCCCUAAACCCCUCACCCAAGAUCAGCGCCGAUCGAAGCUGACUGCCAUCUCGAAUCCGGACUUUUAUUUUCCACCCGAUCCGGAAGCGGACCUAGCAGAAGCUAAUGAACCGGAACCACAGAUUCAGCGAUCAAAACCGAAAGCUCCACCAGCCGCACCGGGAAGCUUCUCCUACAAUGAGAAAGACAAAAACGGUCCCUCACACUGGUACAGGGUAGAUGCACGGUGUGGCGGACGGUAUCAAAGUCCGAUUCUGCUUAACACCAGCAGUGCCCAGCUGGUGAGUCGUAAGCGGCCGCUCCGUCUCGAUGGACAAACCAACCUACCGCAGACAAUUCUGCUACAGAACGAUGGACAUUCGGCCAAAUUUACGUACAACUGGCGCAACGGUGAUCGGCCCGUACUGCGGGGUGGUCCCCUGAAGACCAAGUAUCUGUUCGACCAGUUCCACUUCCAUUGGGGUGUUAAUAGUACGGUAGGAUCGGAGCACGUGUACGACUACCAGCGCUACCCGAUGGAAAUCCAUCUAGUGUUCUACAACGGGCUGUACGAGUCGUUCCAGGAGGCUCGCGAACAGGUGGACGGUAUAGCCGUAGUUGGGUUGUUCUACGAAAUCUAUCAACAUUCGGUGGACGAGCCGCUCAAUACCUGGACUCGUUUCCUGCGCAAUGUUGUUGAGCCGAACAGUGAGUUUAGCAUCCCGUUCAUCGACACGUUCCCGCUGUACGAGGUGAUCGGUGACGUGGAGUGGCCCUACUUUUCGUACGAGGGUAGCCUUACGACACCGCCGUGCCUUGAGACGGUAACGUGGAUUGUGGCCACCAAACCGUUGCUGGUGACGGAGAAGGAGAUGCGACAGUUUCGACGGUUGCAAUCACCGACCGGGCUGAUGGUGAACAAUUACCGGCCCGUUCAGAAGCUUAACCAUCGUCGGGUGUUUUUGUACUGAAAAGGGAGCGAAC